AUGGACAAUACAGAAGGUUCACGUCUUAGAAAAAGACCAAAUAAACUUCUAUCUGAUGCAGAACUGGAAGAGAUUGCUGCACAUUUGUGGGACGAUAGUGAAGAUGAGUUUGACUUUUCGGAUACGGAUAGUUUAGCUGAUCCGGAAUAUUUUCCAGAAGAAAUUGAAGAUGGUGAAAAUAAUGAGUUGAACACCGAUUUGCCGAUCAAUGAUGAUGAUAAUGACGGUAGAAAUGAAGUUGGUGAUUUGAUAGAAAAUGAGAUGCUACCAAACGAAAAUACAUGCGACAAUCCGGAGGCUCCAAUAUGUCAAAAGAACAUUCGAGAAAAAAUAACAUGGCGAAAAAAACAUUUAGCAAUGAAUGAAGAUGCCUUAAACUUUUUAGGCAAUUCUAGUCUCCCCAAUAAUAUACUGGAACUUGAGACCCCUUACGAUUUUUUCAAGUACCUGUUCACUGAUUCAUUGCUCCAGACAAUUGUUGACCAAACCAAUUUGUACAGUGUUCAGAAGAACCCAAAUAAGCCGGCGAACAUAUCGAUGGGUGAUAUUCAAAAAUUUUUCGGUAUUGCAUUAUAUAUGUCGGUUAUCAAGCUUCCCAGGACACGUUGUUAUUGGAGACCAGAUAUUGGAAAUGCAACAAUUCGCAAAUGUAUGACAAUAAAUGAAUUUGAGACUCUCAAAAGUGUUAUACAUUUCAAUAACAACGAAAAUCUCUUGCCUAGAGAACAUCCCGAUUACGACAAUUUAUUCAGAAUUAGACCCCUUUUGACAGAAUUGAAUACAAGAUGUUCUUCAGUGCCAAUGGAAAACAAGCUUUCCAUCGAUGAGCAAAUAUGCGCAACAAAAUCAAAGCACCAUUUGAAACAGUAUAUUCCUAUGAAACCCCACAAAUGGGGUUUCAAACUAUUCAUGUUGUGUGAUACAUCAGGAUUCACCUACAAUUUUGAAAUAUACAACGGAUCCACAAAUACUUUCACAAAAGUGAAACCAAAUGAGAAGGAUUUAGGAGCCAGUGCUAAUGUUGUUGUUCGACUUUCAAGAGUGAUUCCGAGAAAUGAGAAUUUCCAGCUUUAUUGCGACAAUUACUAUACCUCAAUACCGCUGUUCUCGUAUAUGGCAAAAGAUGGAAUAUUUAUGCUGGGCACAAUACGCCGCAACAGGAUUUUGAACUCUAAGCUUACUAAUGAAAAAGAAUUUACAAAAAAAUCAAGGGGAACAUCUGAAGAAUACGUAGGCAAUUUCGAAGGUAGGGGAGAGCGGGGCUGA